AUGGGGAGCAGCGCGGCGCAGCGACGUAGGCGGCAAUGCACGCUGGCUCUGGUGACCGCGGCGGCGCUGCUGGAGCGCGCGGAUGAGGCGCUGCUUCCCGCGGUGUACAAGGAGGUAGGCGAGGCGCUGCGGGUGACGCCUACCGCGCUGGGCUCCCUCACGCUGUGCCGCGCGCUCGUGCAGGCCGUGUGCUACCCGCUCGCGACGUGCGCCGCGGCGCGCUAUGAUCGCGCGCGCGUCGUCGCCGCCGGGGCAUUCCUCUGGGCUGUGGCCACACUGUUCGUCGGCGCCUCGGGCACAUUUCUCCAGAUGGCGUUGGCCAGGGGCUUCAACGGCGUCGGGCUGGCGCUCGUUGUGCCGGCGAUCUACUCCCUGGUGGCCGACUACAGCGACGACGGCACGCGUGGCACGGCGUUCGGGUGGGUGUCGAUGGCGCAAAGCAUGGGCCAUGUCGCCGGGAACACCCUCGGCGUGCUGCUAGCGGCUACGAGCUUCCUCGGCGUCCCAGGCUGGCGGCUGGCGUUCUACGCCCUCGCGCUCGUCAGCGCCUCGAUCGCCACCCUAACGUGGCUGCUCGGCACCGACCCCCGCCCCGUCAGCGUGAAGGCCACGGCUGCGGCCACGCUGGCCCAACUCGCCCGAGAAGCCAAGGACGUGGUGAAGGUGCCGACGUUCCAGAUCAUCGUGGCGCAGGGCGUGGCUGGGUCGGUGCCGUGGUCGGCGCUCAGCUUCGCCGCCAUGUGGCUGGAGCUCGUCGGGUUCACGCACUGGCAGACCACCGUUAUCACCAACCUGAACAACCUCGCCAACGCGCUCGGCGCGCUGUUCGCGGGGUUCGUCGGGGACCCGGUGGCGCUGCGGUUCCCCAACACGGGCAGGAUCGCGCUUGCGCAGGUGUGCACCGCGUCGAGCGUCCCGCUCGCCGCCGUCCUGCUGCUCGCGCUCCCCGACAACCCCUCCGCGGGGGCCGCGUACGCCGCCACGUUCUUCAUCUUCGGCUUCGUCUCGCCCUGGUGCCCCGCCUCCACAAACAACCCAAUUUUCGCCGAGAUCGUGCCGGAGAAGGCGAGGACGACGGUGUACGCGUUGGACAGGUGCUUCGAGACGGUGUUCGCCUCGUUCGCGCCGCUCGUCGUGGGCAUCCUGGCGGAGCGCGUCUUCGGAUACCAGCCGGUCGCGUCCGGCACGAGCGUGGAGGCUGACAGGGAGAACGCCGCCGCUCUUGGCAAGGCGGUCUUCGCAGAGAUCGCCGUGCCGAUUACUGUCUGUUGCCUCACCUACACCGCGCUGUACUGGACUUACCCCGCGGACAGACAGCACGCGCAGACGGCAGCUCGGCAGGCGGUGGCGGGGGAUCAGGACUGCGACUGCGAAGCAAGUUUUGUUGCCCAUGCUGCAGGAGCCGAGGGCUUGAACCAGGCGCUACUUGCCUGA